AUGGACCCAUUAAACUUUGGGAUGUUCCAUCAUGAAAAUGCUGCUCGACGUAAUAUCUAUCAAGCUGAUAUAACGCCCAGAAAUGAAAGCUCAACAGAUCCGAUUACGAGAACUAGACAACCCAUCGUAACGGGUACUUCAGUGGUUGCUCUGAAAUAUAAGGAUGGUGUAAUGCUAGCUGCAGAUAAUUUAUCAAGUUAUGGUUCUCUUGCUCGCUUUAAGGAUACCGAACGUCUUCAUCCUGUUGGUGAUUUCACUGUAAUUGGUGCAUCAGGUGAUAUGUCUGACUUUCAGUAUACGAAACAUCUUUUGGAUUCUGAGAUGAUCAAAGAAUAUUAUAUAAAUGAUGGCCAUGUUCUUGGAACACCGCAUAUUUAUGAAUAUUUAAGUCGUGUUAUGUAUCAUAGACGCACUCAAAUAAACCCUUUGUGGAAUGCCUAUGUCGUUGGUGGAUAUCACAAUGGAGAAGGAUUUCUCGGAUAUGUUGAUCUACUAGGAACAACUUAUAAAUCUCCCAGUAUUGCUACGGGCUUUGGCGGUUAUUUCGCUCAGCCUAUUCUUCGAAAACUUGUUGAAAAUC